ACAUGUUUUCAUUCAAAUAUAAUUCAUAUCCUCAAUCCCUGAGAGUCAGUAUGACUGUGAGUGAUGUACUGUGUGACUAUCCCCUGCAGCCAUAAAAGGCAAGGGGUAUCUUUAUACUUGCAUUUUGAAUUGGAGUUUUCAAAUAUGCCCCCAUUAGAUAAUACUCUUAUGUGGGUUGACUGUAAUUGACAAUAUGUAGUAAAAUGUUCAUGCAGCCAAACACCAGUCAAGAAAAGAAAAGAUCUGCUUAUCAGAGUAUCAAUGUACUUGAAAUAAUUGGAUUACAGUUGUGAUUUUUGGGCGGUUAGUUCGGAAGUUUCUCCCAAAUAUUUUUUUCAGCUACUCAAGGAUAUAUAUUUACAAAAUAUUCUGACAUGGCUGUUGAGUGAACCUUUUCCAUGUGUUGUUUAAUUUAGUAGACAAUACAAUCGGUAAAAGGAUGCGAUCUGUACCGGUUGUUAAAAUAUUUACAAAGAAUUAUUAUACAAAUUUCAAACCCUUUAAAAAAAAUGUAUAUCAUUUUUUCUAUUCCUGUAAGGUAACAGCAAUGAUACAUUUUCGUAGAGUAAUGCCUCAGACAAAGUAAGUAGUUGGAAUCCAAACAAUGUAAACAAAGGCACUAGUAAUCCUGCAACGUGCGAACACCAACUUCACUACAACCACGCAGAAGGAUUGUCCCACCGCAGCCACCGUAGCUGUGUCUGACGACAUAGUUGGUUAGCACUGGCACUUGGGAGUCAAACAUGGCCGGUAGAGGAGGAAAACAGAGUCGUUCGGGCGCUGGCCUUUCAGGUAGAAAAGGUGCAGACGAGCAGGAGGAAGAGGAGAAGCCGCUGCAGGCUGUUUUAGUCGCCGACAGCUUCAACCGGAGGUUUUUCCCGGUGACCAAAGACCGGCCAAGGGCUCUGCUGCCGCUGGGUAAUGUCGCCAUGAUCGACUACACCUUGGAGUUCCUCACGUCCACUGGGGUACAGGAGACGUUCAUCUUCUGCUGCUGGAUGGCCAGUGAAAUCAAGGAGCACCUGCUGAAGUCGAAGUGGUGCCGACCCACCUCUCCUAACACCGUCCACAUCAUCACCUCGGAGCAGUACCGCUCCCUAGGGGACGUUUUAAGGGAUGUUGAUGCCAAGUCCCUUCUGCGAUCGGACUUUCUGUUGGUCAACGGAGACGUGGUAUCGAAUAUCGACAUCGGUCCGGCACUGCACGAGCACAGGUAUCGUCGAAAGAUGGAGAAGAACAUCUCAGUGAUGACGAUGAUCUUCAAGGAAUCGUCGCCGGGUCACAAGUCCCGCUGCGAGGAGGAUGAUGUCAUUGUUGCUAUGGACAGCAGGAGCCAGCGGAUUUUACACUACCAGAAGACCCACGGGCUGAAGAGGCUGCAGUUCCCCAUGAACAUUUUCCACAGUGCGAGCGAUGAGUUUGAAAUAAGACACGACCUCCUGGACUGUCACAUCAGUAUCUGCUCCCCACAGGUUGCUGAGCUCUUCACAGACAAUUUUGACUACCAGACUAGGAACGACUUCGUCAGAGGGAUGUUGGUCAAUGAAGAGAUUCUGGGCAACCAGAUACACAUGCACGUCACCAAGGAUGGUUACGGCGUCCGAGUGUCCAACCUCCUCAUGUAUGACUCUGUGUCGUCGGACCUCGUGCGGCGGUGGGUCUACCCGCUCACCCCCGAGGCCAACUUCAUUGACCAGAAGGGACGAAGCUGCACGUUUUCUCGCCACAAUGUCUACCGGGGGUCCGGAGUCAGCCUGGGCCAUGGCAGCCAGAUGGAGGAGAACGUCCUCAUCGGCUCUGACACUAGCAUCGGCGCUAACUGUUACAUUUAUAACAGCGUCAUCGGUAACAACUGCACCAUAGGUGAUGAUGUAAACCUUGACCAUGCCUACAUCUGGAAUAAUGUUCACAUUGCCAGCAACGUGAGGAUCAGCCAGUCUGUGGUCUGUGACAAGGCAGAGAUCAAAGAAGGCGUGAAUCUGAAUAAACAGUGUGUCCUGGCGUAUAAUGUGGUGAUUGGACCAAACGUCUCUCUCCCUGAGGGCACUGUGGUGUCCAUGCACCAUCCAGACGAGGAGGAAGAGGAGGAUGAUGAUGAUGAAUUCCUGAGUGACGAUGCCGCGGUUGGUCACAGCAAAGACAAAACCAAACUGAAAGUGUUUAACCCAGCAGAGGUUGGAGCCGAGGGAAAAGGCUACAUCUGGAAGGCCAACAGUCUGGAUGACACAGAGGAUGAAGAGCUGGCGCAGUGUCUCUGGGGUUUGGUGUUGAAUCCGGACCCCGAGAGUGAAAGUGAGGACAGCGAGCCCGAUGAUCCUGAUGACCCUGUGAUCCCCUCCCCCGAGAUGGAUGAUGUCAAAGUCUUCCAGCUGGAGGUGCUCGGGACUCUGCAGAGAGGUUUGGAGGAAAACAUCGGCUUUGACAAUCUCAUACUUGAGAUCAACUCUCUCAAGUACGCCUACAACAUCACCCUGAAAGAGGUGAUGCAGAUUCUAACCAGAGUGGUGCUGGAGUACCCUUUCCAGCAGCAGGGCCCCCAGCUUACCCCAUCACAAUACGUUGCUCUGCUCCUACCGUUACUGAAGAAGUGGGCGCCGGUGUUUAAGAACUAUGUGAAGAGAGCACAGGACCAUCUAGACUGUCUGUCUGCCUUUGAGGAACACUUCCUGGAGCAGGAGAGCCACUGGGCUGCUAUGGUCAAGGUCCUGAUGAACAUGUACGAGCUGGAGAUCCUGGAGGAGGAGACGAUACUACGCUGGUUCUCGCAGGGAGCCACCACCGACAAGAGCAAGCAGCUCCGCAAGAACCAGGGGCUACAGAAGUUCAUCCAGUGGCUGAAGGAGGCUGAGGAGUCUUCAGAGGAGGAAGGGGAAUAACGAGGAGUGCUUAAAAGAAAGGACAACGUUUAAAACUGUUGUUUGGAUAAAGGGAUUCAGGCAGUUGGUUUUACCCUCCAUGGCAGCUUUCUACCACUAAUAUCCACCCGGAUCUUCUCUGUACAGUUCAAGCUGACAUACAUUUGAUCACAUAGUGCCACGUCAUGUAAGGGCUGUGUGCUGUGAAUGCCAACAUCCAAAUAAAGAAGAAAGUCCCUCAGACUGCCUGGAGAUGUAUCAUCUGUCAACAACACAAACUGUCUCACUCAGUGUUAGAAUAGAACAGUUGCUUCAAUGUUUUAUUAAAUACAAACAUCACUUAAAAAAAAAAAAAAAAAAGAUUGUGUACAACAGUAAUUGGCUUUCUUUUGUGUACAAGCUGAACAGUGACUGCAAGUCAUUAAACAGUCAAAACAAUGAUUUAAAAGGUAGAAUUUCACUACAAAAUGAAUGACUGCAGAACAAAUAGGAGAUAGCUUAGAGGACACAUGAAUGUGUUUUUGCUGCUGUGCACCAUUAGACCGACGGGGAUUUCAUCUUGCAUCAUUCACCCCCUAUGAAGUGGACUCUGUUCGGCCUAAAGACCUUCGAAUUAUUGUCUUCAUCAGACUGAGCUGCCACACGGUCAGGUGUAUAGAGAGCUUCAACAAGAUAAUAACGAUGUGGUUCAUUAAGUACGGCGGUCCAGAGGGGUGAAACGGAUCAACACUGGAUAAAACACAUCAAAAUAUUUAAAAUAAUAUGUAAGAAAACUUUGGUUCUGUCUUAUUUCAAACAAGAAUUGUCGCUUUUGUCUUUUGUAAAAUGUCUGUUUUGUUAAUUUGUUUUCAGUUUUGUUGCGUUUUCUAAAAUGUUAUUGUGCUUUCUGUGUUUCUAAUAUGUUUCUUCCAAUAUUUGACUAAUAUUCUUGGCGUCAGGGCGGUUCUGUGGAAUCCGAGAUAAAACACCUGAGGCAGUAUUGGGACACCCAAAAAAGCCGUCACACAGCUAUUGAAGCUGUUCAACCUGCAGCGUCCACGUGCACAGGCCUACUUUGAUCUGUCGUCCCGAUUCCCCACGAGGCCGUAAAGGAUUCUGGCUAGAAGAGAAGCCCCCGUGAUGCCCGUAACAGCGGUCAGCAUCUUCCACAAGCUGGCCGAUCUCUCGUGCCUGUCCAUGAAGCUCCUGUAGUCAGUGGGCUCCAGGAUGUACUUGCGGCCGUCGUGCGGGGCCUGCAGCCUCAUCACCUGACCCCCCUC